GUCAUCAUCAACUGUAGCUCUGAACUAACGAUCGUUCCUCCCAUGUGAAAAUCUUGAAACAUUUUGAAGUUCAUUCUGAAGAGUUUCCCUAGAAAAAGGGUUUGAAAUAUGAAGAAUUUAUGCUUCAUAGUUGUUCUUGUUGGUGUUGUUUGGCAUUCUUUUACGCUUGGAUUCCCUCAUGGUGGCUAUAAAUCACCAGUUAAACGUUCUGACUACUCAAUGUACGACAACCAGUUCUUUUCUGUGGGAGAUACACCGCUGGACAACGAGGUGACAGACUGCGCAGUUGUAAGGCAUCAGUACGCGAGAGGUUACAUCAGACUUAGGGAGUAUCUUGAAAGGAUGCAAGGUUGUGGUACAGCUGGAAAACGAAAGAAUAUCGCAGGAAUAGCUGCAGCGACACAAGAUGCCACGACCUUGACGUCAGAUGGUUUUCGUAUUCCCACAAACAACGUAGUUCACGUUGCUCCGUUCAAGCCAAGACCAAUUGGACAACUUAUAGAUAAUAUCGGCAACAAACAAGCACAAGUAAAAGCAUACAAUGGCCAAGUAAAAAAUCUUCAAGAAGAGAUGCCAUUCCAACGACACGCCAUCCAAAGAUCCCGUCAAAACCGCCCAAGUUUUAACAACCUCGACUUUCUUUCGCGAACCAAUGGCGCUCUGUCGUACAAGAAGAACUCCGCUGCUCAAAGUACUGUACUUCCGGUCGCACGUAAAUUUAUAUCGCGUAAGAAUCUAAAUACCAAUCCACUCCAAGCUUUUAAAACGCUAAACGACGCAAAGCACAGAAAACAAUAUUACAUGAGUCCUGAUCCACAGAGGUACUACUCUAUGCAAACCGCUGAAACAAAGCAUGCGUACAAAGGUCCUAUUGCUGUCGGUCAGCCUCUACUGAGACCCAGUCCUCUAGCAUUCAACCACCAGGCUUCUACCGGAAGUAAAAUAAGAAUACCACAGGCAGACCAACCGGUGAAUCCAGAUCUUAAUAUGGAUAAGGCUCAACGGCAGAAGCAGCAAAUGAACGCGCAGGCCGGUAAUAGACACGAUGCUGUACCGGUUAAACCGGAUUGGCAGGUGGGAGAUGAACGUGUUCAGGAUGAUCUUGAGGGACAAGAUGGUGUGAAAGACGAAGCUACGGAGAUCGGGAGUCUAAAGUCGGACCCAAUCCCCUCGGAUGCUGCGUUUACGGAGAACCCGAAGUUAGACGGAGAAGACCAAGAAUCUGAGCAGAAAAUGGACAACAGCAAAGAAGCGGAACAACCACAAGAAAAAAUGAAGAACGAUGUGAGCAGCAAUCAACCGCAGAAGCCUACGAUUGAUGAUUUAGAACCGGCUGAGAAAAAUAAAAAUAUUGACUCAAGUUCCCAUAGCAUAGGUGUCCAUAACGAUGCUGAAGACAACGCUAAGGAAACCAAUGAACAAAGUGAAUCAAACAAACUCGACGAGUUCCUGAAGCCUAACACUUACACCAAUGACGAGAGAAAAGGGGAAAACGGUGCACAGUCGUCAAAUGAAAAACAAGAAACGAACGCCUUUUCCAAAGAGGAGGAAAAGGCCAGUAAUUCGGACGGGAAUCAUUCUGAUGAUAAAGGCGGUAUUGCUAUUAAUCUAGACGUCCUGAAGGACAAAAUCUCAAGCAGUAAAGACAUAGGUUUCCUCAAGCGCAUGCUGACACUUAUCAAGAAGAUUACGCAUCAUAAAGAUUUCAACAAACUAGCUGGAGCUCAAAAGAACGCCAUUGUGCAAGCUGGAAAAGCCGUGAAUAGUGUGGUAAGGAAAGGAUCGAAUACCGAACGUUCGUUUAUACAGCCAAGACCUGCGAACACAAGCCCGAACACAGGUUACAACAGAGGUGGUACACAGUACGUUAAUUCGUACAUAAGCGAGCACCCACCACGUUGGAAGGUUGGAGAUCGCACGCUGACUGGGUCUGCAAAAGCGCAGUUCUAUAGUGGAAGACAGCAUGAGAUCAGCAAGAAGUUCCAGAUUGAGAGAAACCCUUACUAUCAACAGCAGCCCAGGGUUUCCUACACUCCACCCUAUUUUAGUCUUCAGAGACUUAACUAUGGGAUUUAUAAUGGUAAUGUUCCUUGAACAACGAUUGAAUAUGGUCAAGACCGCUGAGUAAAGCCACUGGGUGUAAACCGCUGGGCAAAACCACUGGGGUAAACCGCUGAACGAAAAACUGACACAUUUUAAAAGUUGGUAACGACUUAGAUCAUAGGCGAAUGUUAUUGAUAAAAAUGAAGACAACGAUGUUAAAAAAUGAAGACUAGAAAGUACAUUUUUAAGUUCAUGAUCGCAUUCUAUGUUAAUUAAUUAUCCCUGUGAUCCUUGACUACAGACUCAUCUGUCAGGUUUAUGGCCUCGUUUAAGAGCAACAUAAAAAUCAACUGUAAUGUAAAGAAUGUGAAAGUUGAACAUUUGUACAAGUUUAGCAUGUUUAGGAGCUAAACAUUUGCUUUUAAACAUUAACUGCAAUGUAAAGAAUGUACAAGUUGAACAUUGUACAAACUUAGCCUUGUUUAGGAGCUUAAUCAAGAAUGUGCAAGUUGAAUAAUAUUGAUGUUUUGAAAUCUCACAUGUACUUUUAAAUGGUAUCUCUGAAUAGCUGACUUUUAAAUGAGGCUAAAACUGUGCAAAUGAGUCUGUGGUCUUCAAAAACAGCGGUAUACAUUAAAUGGGAAUGAAGGCCAUUAUUUUUUAGUAUUUAAAGAAAUGAGACGAAAUGAGACGUACUCAUCUUUGAAUGACCUAGAAGCUUAAGUAAAUUUUUUGAAAGAGUGUUGAAUGAAAUAAGUUAAAUAGAGACAGUAGCGCUACUUAGCCAUGUUGUCAAACUUUUUCAGGCUCAGGUCAAACGUCGAACGGCUUCAUAUGAGCCGAACCAAUUGCAAAUUGAAACAAUGGAUAGCAAGGCGGUCUUCUAUGAUGUCUAUGAUGUCAUUAGGUUCGGCUCAUGUGAAGUUCGACGUUUGACCUGACUCUCGAUCUUCAAAUUUUGAGCUUUUAGUUCUAGCAUCUAAACCUUAUAGUAACGAAAGCUUUAACUACAAGAUGUUUAAUUAAGCUGAUCUCGCAAAUUCCCAUGUGCGAGCAAGCGAAAAAUGGCGUAGUGACGUCAUAAGAAAUGGCGGAUAUCGUUUCGAUCGUUCGUUGUACAUUGUAUCAUUGUAUCAAAAAAAAAAAAGAUUACCAAUAGUUUAAUAGUUUUGAUAUUCGAGUUGAUUAACUUAAAAUAAAUUUAUAGCAAUAAAGACAAUAAAGACAAAAAUUUC